UGACGUCAUGUAAACAACAUGGCGUUAUCCGAGGGAACAUUCCAAAUGUGCUAGACUGUCUAUGUGGUUUUUUUUACGUUACUCUUAUUUAUGUCUGUUUCAGCCUGUUUGACAAGAUUGUGAUCUCUGACCAUGGCUUACCUUUUGGGGAGCAAGGCCUGCAUGGAAAGUCUUCGGAAUGAUGUACAAGACUUACAAUGGGCAAUUAAUGAUGUGUUUUCACGGACUGGACCAGUGUCAUUUCCAUCAUGGAAGUUCCCAGACAAAAAGUCAUGGGAUCUUGACAUUGACGAAUUACUUGAACUGUAUGACUAUUCUGAAGACGAAGAAGAGAGACAGGUGGCACACAUUGCACUGUAUGAACUAGUGAUUGACAGAAUGGUGCUGUUGAUGCAGUCAAUGGGGAAAUAUACCGAGCAGCUGAUGGCCAGUGUGAAGACAGGGGGAGAAAACUCCUCCACCUCUAGCAGUUCUGUUGGCCUGGUUGUGAAGAAGUAUUGGAACAGGCUGAUUCAGCUUCACACAGUUGUACAGCAAACACAAUCAGAGAAUAAAUCCAAAAGUCGAAAAUAUUCUGAUUUGGAGAACACAAUCAGUAAACUAACAGAUGAGUUAAGUCAACUCCAAAAUGGAACUUCUUACCAGCGAGGACUGACACCUCCAAAGACACCAGGGUUUGGCGGACUUAUCCCUCCAAAUAAUGCAGAUCUUGCUGUUAUGAGGGGAGAAUCCGUGACUUCUAUAAAUGAUGGAGAGAUUUCCAAAGAUGCUUGUAAUAAAUCAUCACAGACAAUUGAGACAGUAUUUGUACCUUGUGAAUCAUGUCAUGCAGUUCAGAAGUGUUUUCGAGAAGCCGGUGAUGUUAUUAUCAAUACCUGCCAGUCUCAGAACAUGCCCUCUUCACUGAAGAAAUUCCGAAGUCAAGUCGUUGAUGUUGACUGGUUGAGUUCCAACGAUGUGAAACGAUGGACUGCAGAGCAGAACAAAGACAUUGCUCGUAUAAGUAAACACGUGGAUCAGCUUGCUGCAACAAUCGGUCCACUGCAAGAAGAUGUUGCAGGGUAUGUAAAAGAAAAGAGAAAGAUGAAUGAAAAAGUGGUUAAAGCAGAAAAGGAUUUGAAGACGGAGCGAGAGACACAGUCUGCAGUCAGACGCCAGUUUGAGGUGAAGGUCACGGAACUGGAGAAGCAGCAUGCAGAGAUGUUGAGUCAUGUGACCCAAGAGAAGGAGGAACUGAAACAGUCGCGGUCAGCACUGGAGGCAAUGUUGGCGUGGCUGAAGGAGGAGCUGCAAGAGCAGCAGCAGCAACUGCAGCAGUUGGAAAAUACGAAACAAGACCUUCAAAGUGAGGUUGAUAGAAACAAGGCAACGUCCAGUGAAGUUAGUUCACUAGAGUCGGAGGUCAGGACCUUGAAGACGCAGCUGUCAGGUAUCAAUGAGAAGCUGGAGAAGACUCAUCAGGACCUCAGUAAGGAGCAAGCAAAGAACAGGAGUGUGGCUAAACAUGGCCAGUCCCUCCAGGGCAAGCAGGAUGCCCUGCUACAGAGAGUCGGGGACCUGGACCAGGAGAAUCAGGACCUGAGGGAUCAGGUGUCGCUGUUGGAGGAAGAGAAGGAAGCCAUUGAGGAGUCGCUCACGGCUGCCAAGACAGAAGCUCAACAACUGGACCGCAAGAUCAAGGAGAAAGAGGGGGUGAUAGAGAGCCUGAACUCAGAGAAGACAAGCCUGAAGAAGAGCAUAGCUGACACACAGGGCAUGAUAGAGAGACUGGAGAAGUCUCUGGAGGAAGCCAAGGAGAGAGAGAGGAUGAUUAUAGAGUACCCUGACCUCAAUGGUCCUGUCAACCCGGACUAUCAGGGUACCGGUGAUAUCGUGACUGACAUGCAGAACCAGGUGAGAGCCAACUCCAUGAGGAUACAGGUGCUAGAGGACCAGAAUGAGGGACUCCGGAACUCCAUCACAAAAGUUCUCACCAUGACUCAGGGCAGGGAGCCUCCAGGCAAACACCAGCAGGUCUCGGGACCGGCUCCCCUGUGGAAGACCGAAGCACUGAGUCAGUACAGAGAAGACACGUCCCACGCAGACAGAUAUUAUCAAGAAAAUCAGAACAAUAACAGCUCCAGCAAAUCUGUGACUCCCGAGAAAACCCCACCCAAGACAGCCAUCAAACCCAAAGAACAGACCUUUGUCUUUGACCAUAACAAGACUAAAUCAGAUGGAGAGUUUCUGGUAACAAAGUCAUCUCGACCCAACAGUGCCGUCAGACAGAAGGAUGGCACAAAACAAGGGAGACCACCCAGUGGAAAAGGUAACCCAGGCAGAGUUAUGGCCCCUGCCAAUGCAACCAGCAUUAGUGCAUACAUCCAGAUGAAGAAGAGUGGGUACCAUAACAACCAAGACAGUAGGGCUGCACAACCGCCACCUUCUGGUAAAGCAAGAAGCCAGUCAGGGGCAGAUAACUCUGGUUACUCCCCUCCAGACAUGUUUGUGUGUGCUGACUGUGACAAGAUGUACAGCAAGCAGAGGGAUCUGGAAAUACACAAGAGCUACUGCACAGGGGGGCACUAGCUGGGGUGUUCAGGAUUAUCAUGAAAAUGGUUUUAUUUUUUUUAAAAUGAACCAUUUUCAAAUUAUUGCUACAUUGUGAAAGUAGUGCUAUGAGACUCUGUUAUAGAAAUUACUAUGCUAGCAGGUAAUUAUAUUUUUGCAGGUUACCAUUACUUUACAAAGCACAAACUACGGGGAUUGGAGAUUUUCUUUGGGGGGGAUGUUUAAUUUUUAACAGUUUGCUUUAUUCAAAAUGUUCAAACAAUUGCUACAUAAUGUAAAUAGUGCCUUGAUGUUCUCUUAAUUUUAAAAAAUCUCUUCAUGGGUAGAUUUUAUUUUACUGAGGCACCAUUUAGCCUCAUAGAUGUAAUAACUGAACAUUUUAUCUAUUUUUUAAUCAGUUGCAAGUAUAAUAUUUUUCUGACUAAAUUAUGCUCUUAUGUCAUGUUGACAAGUAAUAUGCCUGUUUAGGUGAAAGGCCUGUGGUUUGAAUCUGAUCUCAAGACUGCUUCUUAUGUUGUAGGAUAUAUUGAGCACUUAUCGAUAUUGUCCAUUUCACCCUGUUCAUUAAUACUGCCGUUGUUCACAGAAGUCCUAGCUAUUCACAAGCUGACAUUCCUCCUAGGUGCUACACUGGAACACAGAUCUGUUCAUGUUUGUUUCUUCAGUUGUUUUGUUGUAACUGAAAUCAAUUUAAUUUCAUGAUAGUCAGUGUGCUAUGUGUUUAUAGUCAGUGACCUAUUUUGCAUACAGAGAAUCUUGCACUAGUCGACCAAACUGUUGAAACAACUUGGCAAGCUUUAGAGUUUUACAAUAUUGUAGUCCAUUGCUGAUACAUAUGAUAUUGACAAUACAAGGAUGAGAUACUAUUAUCAACAGAAAUAAUUCUUGUUCAGUUUGUAAACGGUCCUAACCAGUGUCUUGAGUGUGAGAAGUAUAGUAACCUGCUUCAGUGGUAUAGAGAUUAGUGAUGUCAUUUGAUUGUGUUGUCAUUGAUGUCAUGAUGCUGUUUCAUUGUAGCGAUAUUUCCCAGAAUCUAUAGUGAUCUCUCCCAUGUGAUAUCUCCUGUUGAAGCCACUUUGGGUCUCACAACAUUAUCCAGUUAAUCAGAUUGUACAGUUAACUGGAUAUCAUCCAAAUAUACAUUCCACAAAAAAUAGAAAUGCUCAUUGUGAACUGCACAGUUCUGGUUGUCAUGGUUAUCAGACCAGGAGGGUUUUACUGAAUUCAUGUCUUUUUCUAUCCAUUGUAGAUAGUUUUGUCAGUGUCAUAGUGUUUUUAAAAAAACAGGCUAGGGGCGGUGGGGUAGCCUAAUGGUUAA